AGAAGCAGCUCACUUUCUCUUGUAUCAUUUGCUUUUAUGUCGUUCGGAUCUGUGAGAUUCUGACCAUUCCGAUCACCGGAGAACGUCUUUCCGAUCACCGAUCUUCCUUUACAUGAACAACAACUGCGUGGAUAGAGCUGUGCCGUAACUGUAGUCAUAUCGAAGAAAUUUGAGCUUUCAAAGCUUUCUUAUGCCGCAGAUGACUAACAUUCCAGUCAGCGAAGUCUAUUGGUCUCUCGUUGACAAAGCAGACAAGAAAUUCUCGAAGAUCAGAGACUUGCCUUUCUACGAACGAAAUAGGUAUGAUACAUACUUCUCCAAGGUAUUUAAGGUCUACACACAACUAUGGAAGUUUCAGCAAGAGAAUAGACAGAAACUUGUGGAAGCUGGACUGAAGAGAUGGGAGAUUGGUGAUAUUGCUUCACGAAUUGGCCAACUUUAUUUUGGACAGUAUAUGAGGACAAGUGAUGCCAGUUAUCUGUCUGAAUCAUAUAUAUUCUAUGAAGCAGUGUUGUCUAGAGAGUAUUUUAAGGAUGGAUUGGCUCAAGAUGUCAAUCUUGCUAACAAACAGCUCAGAUUUCUAGCAAGGUUUCUGAUGGUUUGUCUAGUCUUGAACAGGCGAGAAAUGGUCUACCAAUUGGUAAAUCAGCUUAAGAUGUUGAUCGAUGAAUGCAAGAGGAAUUUUGUGGAAACGGACUUUAAAGAAUGGAAGCUGGUAGUUCAGGAAAUUGUUAAGUUUCUUAAAGCUGACACACCUUUUAUGAAUAUCAGGCCUUUGAGAUAUAGUCUGGUCUUGGACCUUCAUCCUGAUUUACUAUCCCAAGUUGUUGCAAGCAAGAGAAAACUACGAUUAAGAGAUGCAAUACUGACCAGCUGUUAUCCUAAUGAGGUCAAAUUUUCAGAGCUUACACUUGACACUUUCAGAUUGCUUCAGUCUUUGGAAUGGGAUCCAAGUGGCUCAUUUUACAAGCCAAAUGGUGAUCUUUCAUAUAACACAAAUGGGCCCCCCGGGCCUGGUCGUAUUAAUAUGCAAGAUAUUACUGAUCCUACUUUGCCACCCAACCCACGCAAAGCGGUCUUAUAUCGUCCAUCAAUCACACAGUUCAUUGCUGUUCUUGCCACCAUAUGUGAGGAGCUCCCUCCUGACGGUAUAUUGUUAGUAUAUUUGUCUGCUAUGGGUAAAGGUGAUGGCUUAAGUUAUCAGAAUAGUUGCUUGCAUAUUGGCACCCGUGGAACUGGAGAUUGCAUAUAUCCUUGUGAUUUUAUUCCUUUUACUAGAAGGCCACUGUUUUUCAUUAUUGACAGUGAUAGUAGCAAAGCAUUCAAGACCAUAAGUGGAACGGAGAAAGGAGAGCCGGUGGCAAUGCUGUUAUCUCCUUCUUCUUCACCUCCUAUGCACGGAACUGUAGAUUCUUCUCAGCAAAUAAGUAGAAGCUUGUUCACCUGUUUCCUCACUGCCCCUUUACAGGCUUUCUGUCUUUUGAUUGGCAUGUCUGGUAAUAAUAUGGACAUGGACUUGUUCAACAAGGCUGAGAAGAUACUCACUUCAUCUUUCAAUGAGUGGGGGGAAUUGCUGACUACAUCAAACACCCUUCAUCCUGCUUGGGCUCAAGUUUUAUUUGAUCCAUUCUUGAGGCGGCUUCUUUUAAGAUACAUAUUUUGUGAGGCGAUCCUUACACUAUAUGGAUUGACUUACGAGAAGAAUGACGUAAUUCCUGAAUGUGUACCUGCGCUUCCAGAGUGCGUCCGACCAAUGGCUGAUUCGGUUCAAUCUGUGGUUAAGAAGAUAGCUGAUGUGUUUGGUGUAACUCAUAGUUUUAUUUUCUCUCAAGGUCUUACAGUUCGUGAAGUCAGAUCCUCCGAAGAGGACUCCGUGCCAGCUUCCUGAUCGUGUCGAAUUUGUGUUUUAAGUUGUAAGAUGAUGGUCAAUUACCUUUUCAUUUCUUUUUCUUGUUGAAUAUUUUGGGUCUGAAAUUGCGAUGUGUAAACAAACAACUAGGUAUUUGCAAAAGAUGAAUUGAUGAUAUGAUAUAUAGUCUGAUUUGCUCU